CUCUUUUGACAGUUGAUUUUUAAUUAAUGUAUAAUAAUCUAUUGACCUUGAUUAUUGAUAAAAUAUGCAGUGGGCACUCAAUGCAUGCAAGUCUGAUAUAUUUUAUUAAAUAGCAGAUGCGAUCAAAUUAGAUAAAAUAAUGCAAAGAAUAUUUCAAAGAAUAAGACCUCAUUUAGGUCUCAGAAGAAAUGUUAGUUCAAGUAACAAUUAUCUUAUUAUUAAAGAAGAGAAUGGCACGAGGGAGAUAACUCUAAAUCAUGAAAAAACAAGAAACUCUCUUUCACUUGAGAUGAUGUCCAACAUUAUUGAAGCAGUGAAUCUCAAUAAAGAGGACAUCUCACUCAGGGCAAUAAUUUUAUCUGCAAAUGGAAACAUUUUUUCUGCCGGACAUAAUCUUAAGGAGUUUCAGGAAUCUACAGGCAUCAAUCAACACAAAUUGAUCUUGAAUAAGGCAUCUGAACUUAUGAAAUCAAUUGUUCAAAGUCCUGUACCAGUUAUUGCCAAGGUCAAUGGAUUUGCUGCUGCUGCAGGUUGCCAAUUAGUAGCUACUUGUGAUAUCAUUAUAUGCUCUGAAACGAGUAAAUUCUCAACACCUGGAGCAAAUUUUGGUGUAUUCUGUUCAACACCUGGUAUCGCAAUUGGCAGAAAUAUGUCUAAAUCAAGAGCUAUGUAUAUGUUAUUAACUGGUGAACCAAUAACUGCACAAGAAGCCUUUGAAUGUGGACUAGUCACCAAAGUUGUACCAACCCAAGAUCUAGAUUCCGAAGUAAAUAAUGUUGUAGAAAAAAUAAAACACAAAAGCCGUAGUGUGAUAUCAAUUGGCAAAGAAUUUUACUAUAAGCAGAUUGAUUUGGGUCUAUUUGAUGCUUAUAAAUUAGGUGAGGAUAUCAUGGUUCAAACGAUUAACUCAAAUGAUGGACAAGAAGGAAUAAGGAGUUUUGUUGAGAAGCGUAAAGCUGUAUGGGGUCAUAAAUAAGGGAUUUAUAAAUUAAAAUGCAUUUAUAUUUACACCUAUAUAUUUAUUUAUACUAUAAUAAACCUUUGAUGUAUUUUCAAAGCAGGACAUAAUAAAAGAAGCUGUCACUCCUUAUUUAGCCAAACUUAGGUAUCCAUUAUAUACACACUUGAAAGUUACACAGUCUAAAGUAAUAUUUGACUAUAUCUAAAAUAAUAUAUGAAAAUUGCAAAAUACUUGUGAAAAAACCAUCAAUUUCAAAUGUGCUACACUGUGCUAGUAAAACUAAUGGUUAUUGUCAGAAUAAUAGAAUAUACUUCUAUAUAAAAUAGUAAAU